CGAGGAUACCGUGUGCAGCAUAGCAGGAAACGACACAUAACAUAUCGGGCUUGAAACACAGGCGGCACUUUUCUUUGUAUGCCUGCAGGGACUGUUUUCCGUCGGUAUUUCUCCAAGGGUUUCUCCAAAAACGAAACUGAGCAUUCACUGUUUGCAGCACACCGUGCAAACAACAUAUCGCACACAGGCGGCACUGCUUUCUUUGUUCCUGUAUUAGCCUGCAUUCUGGAGCAGAGAAAAGACUGUCGGUACUUCGCCAAGAUUGCUGAAGGCUGACGGCGGCCAUCCUAUUUAACAUGGAAGCGAUACCUGCAGCAAACGAUGAUGGAAUGUGAUGAUAAGUAAAAACCAAUACUGAUGUGUGACAAAACAAGAAAGGAAAUCAUGGCUGACACACCUCAGCAGUCACCCAAGAAUUGGACUGAAUCUGAAGUAAGCACCUGGCUAAGAUCAAUUGGAGUGAAGGAACAGUACAUAGAAAAGCUCCAUGAAGAAGAAGUAAAUGGACAAAUCCUACUUACACUAAAUGAGGACUUUCUAAAAACAAAAAUCUACAUGAAGUCAGGGCCUGCUCAUUUGAUUAUUCAGAGAAGAGAUGAGCUUAUCAACUCUCAGCAAAAAUGUCAAGAAAAGAAAAAAACUACUGGUUCCAAAAGAACUGAGUUUGAGGAAAAGAGGAGUCAGAAAUUGGUUCAGUCUCUUUCAACAGUAAGUGAUGGUCCUCCAGCACAAACUACAGAGACAGAGCAAGAUGUCUUUGAGGAGAACCACGCUUCUCAGGAACAAUGUGUGUUAAUCUCAAAGGAAGACUGUAAACCACGGCCAUUUGAUCAAGAAGGGAUUGAUUUUUUAUAUGUGAAACACAGAAUCCUGCAGCCUGAAUCAGGUGCUUUUAAUCUGAUAUCGCCAUGCCACGAAUUUAAGUCUUUUGCUGUAGCUGCUACAUUGGAUCGCACAAGACUCCAAGCUAAGUUUGCCAAAGAGGUUCUUAAAUUUGCAGCUGGUUGUAUGAAUAUCAGAUCAAAUGGCACAAUACACUUUGGUGUGAUGGACAGCAAGGAGGAUGGAGAAUAUGUGCACGGCGAGAUAACUGGUAUCCCUGUAACAGACAAGGAUAUUUAUGUCGAUGCUUUGGACUACAUUGAAAGGAGUUUCUCCUCUGACAAAGAGCACAUACGCCAGUGUGUGCGACCGCCAAGGUUCAUUGAGGUUAUAGAUCGACAAAGUACAGAAAAGCGAUAUGUGGUAGAGGUUGACAUUGUGCCAUUAAUAAGUAUUGUCAAGAACAAAGUGUAUGCAGUCCGUCUGCCAAACUUCAAAGAAUCAACAAACAAAGUAGAGUUUGAGAAAGAGAUGAUUUUGCGAAGAGUGGGUUCAAAAACGGAGCCAGUGAGUGACAAGGACCUAAGUGACUUUUACCAAAGAGUCAAAGAUCGUGAUGCUCAAAGAGAAGAAGCAGAAAAAAAUCAUUUCCUUAUUGCUCCAGAAGUGUGUCAAGACCUUGGAAGGAAACUCACCAUGCUGAUGACCAGUGGUAAGAAAUUCAUUGAAAAGGAAAAAUGGUUCAUACUCGUAACAAACAAAUUCAAACCUGAUGACCUUUGUAACAUUGACUGGCUGAUUAACAUGAAUAUUUUCUGCGUGUUCGACUUUGACCCAGACUCAAAGAUAUCAGGUCUUUGCAGUAGAUACCUUGAGUACCGUGCUGCAAACAUGCAUUUUUUGCAAAGCUACAGAAUAUCCACUGGCACGAGCAUCAAAGAAUUCACAAACCAUCUGCAUUUAUUUGAUCAAACUAGUUGGAUCUUUUGCAAUGGCCAUACUGACUUCAAAGGAAAUGAAACUUCAUGUGACGAAAUGACUUGGAUCAAGACAAAAAUGACUUUACUCCGAGAGUCUGUGUCUUUGAUCUGUAAACAGAUUUUGCCAAAAGGUACAUUCCAGGUCAUAUUCCUAUUAACAUCACCAGUUGAGAAACCACUCUUGCACACCUUCUAUGAGUUUUUCACAGACAUGGAAGGCCAUGAAGACAUCAUCUGCAUCUGUGAAUCAGAGGAAAACUUCCAUAAGUGGCAAAGCUUUGCAGAGGGUUCAUGUGGGAAAGAAGCUCUAAACAAUUCCAGUGUUGUUGGAAUGAAAAUGAGCCACAUUAAUGCAACUCUGCAACAUAUACAACCUAUGAAAGUGUGUUUCACCAAACACUUGCCGGUCUUUGUGAAAGGAACAUGUUGUCUUGAAACACAAGUAGAGGAACAGAUGUACUCACUGGAGAUUCUGACGGUCAAUCAUUGCAAUGAAACAUGCAAAGAAUUCAUCAAUGAGAAAAAAGAAAACAUUGAGCGCCAGUUCUACCAUGGUGGGAGAGUGACCUGGUUGAAUUUCUGGCUUGCUGAGAACAAAUAUGCUGGAGAGGUCAUUGAAAGAGAUGCUUAUCACGAUACUUCCAAACUUCUCAACGAUGCCUUGAAAUAUAAUGCAGACCAGACUCCAGUGAAUAUCAUAAACAUCUACCAUCACCCAGGAAGUGGUGGAAGCACUGUGGCAAGACAAGUGCUGUGGAACAACAGAAAAAGUCUAAGGUGUGCAGUUGUGAAGCCCUCAUAUCCAGUUUCUGUUGUUGCACAACAUGCAGUUGAACUAAGAGAAUAUGAAGAAAAGGAUCCACAGAGAUGUCUUCCUGUGCUGCUCCUCACUGAAGACUCAGACAAAGAAUAUCUAGAUGAUCUCAGGAAUGAAUUAGAAGUUGCAGUUAAUGUUAAACAAAUCCAGUAUGGCACCCUGUGUUUCAUUUUGUUGAGCUGCAGACGCUCCCAUGAUCCAGAGAGAAGAUGCAAGGAGUCUCCUUUACAGAAUGUGUCUGUCACUCAUAAACUGUCUGAUCAAGAGAAGAGAAAGUUUUCUGGAAAACGGCAGGCACUCGAGGAAAGAUAUGAACCUCAAUUCAUUCUGACAUUUGUUUUGAUGAGUGAAGGAUUCAGUGAGGUUUACGUUCAUCAGUUUGUGAAACAUCUGCUCCAAGACAUUGACCGUCACUCUGUUGUCACUCGACUCAUUCACUAUGUAGCAUUGCUGAACACAAAUGUUCAAAACUCUUUCAUCUCUCAAUCGCACUGUGAAGCUUUGCUUGCCUUAACGAUCCACUUGGAGAGGUUUCGCCACUACGAGUUUGAGAGCUCUCUAAGUGAUCAGGCUAAGCUAGUCUUCUUGCACCUUCGAGAUGACAAGACGCACAUUGAAUCAAUCAGAAUCAUCCACCCACUUGUUGCAAAAGAAAUUCUUCAACAACUUCUGGGACCCCAACAAACUCAAAGCAGUUUGGCGAUGGAUUUGCUCCACGAGGAUGUGCUCUUUGAGCACAGAUUUGGAAGAGAUGAGUAUCUCACAUUUUUGAGACAACUUUUCAUUCGGAGAUCCAGGAUAAGCAAAGGAGAUAAAUAUGAUAGCUUUUUCUCUCCUUUCAUUGAGCAUGUGUGUGAAAAUGAGAAAAGCCCAGACAAAGCAAUUGAGUUGCUCAAGGAAGCAUUCGAGCGUUUCCAUAAUGAUCCAUUCUUUGCACAACAACUUGCUCGUCUUCAUUAUACUUAUGAAAAGUUUGAAGAGGCUAAACACUGGGCAGAGACAGCAGCUAAACAGCUGCCCAACAACUCUUAUAUACUUGACACAAAGGGACAGGUAUAUAAGAAAUGGUUCCAAGCAAAAUGUAAAGCAAUUGAAAAUGUACCAAAGACGGUGCAAAACACAGCAGAUGCUGUGGAAACUGCACUGAAAGCACUUGAGUGUUUUCAAGAAUGUGAGAGAGCAGCUGAUGCUGAUAUGGAAAAUGUCAACACUUCAGGAUUUUUUCACGAAGUUGAGGUUGGGUGCAGCCUGCUCAAACUGAUUUCUUCAUUACAAGUGUUUGCAAACAGAUCCAAUGGCCAUGCAGAAUGUAUGAAGUACCUGUUAACUGAUUACAUCCCAGAGGAAGUUGAAGAUGUUUGGGAACCAUUCCAUAACCGUUUGAAAAAACUUCACAAGACAAUGCAGGAUGCAUUGGAGUGGAUUUCAGAGGACCUGAGUUACUUCCAGACAGACAUUGGUGCAGAUGAAGAAGAAACACCUGAAAGUCCCGAGGAGAAAAUAAGCCAUCCACUGACAUGGCUGGCAAAAAAAUCCUCUGAGUAUGGAAAGUACUUCAGUGAAGCGUAUUCCACUGCAGUCCUACAGCAUGGUAAAUCAAUCCCAGCCAACCUCACUCCUUUCCAAAAACGCAUGAUCAUCUAUCAUCUUGGUGGCGGCAAUAUAACAUCCAUCCUUUCCAAGAUAACUGAUCAGAGGGAUGCAGUAAAACUUCUAGAGCAUAUAAUUUCUCUCUACCCCAGUAAUCCAUUAAAAGCCAAAUUCGGUCAAAGGGACAUUGUCAAUUACAUUGUGGCCCAUAUUUCUCUGAACUGCCUGUCACCGCAAACUCACAAGGUAGCUCAUUUGAAAGAUCUACAAGCACUUUGUUGUCAGUUUCCAUCUGAUAAAAGGAAAUGUUUGCCAAGUGCCCUGUUCUUGCUUACAUUGCUAUUCUGGCCAGAGGAUGACGACACAGAGCAUGAGAAAGAAACCAAAUAUGAAAUUGUACAAUCAGCAGUUGAACACCUUGAAAAGGGUUACUGGAGCAAGAUGAAAGACAUUCCUCAGCGGAAGAGAAGGAUUUAUAGCCAUUUUUUUCUGGGCAAUGGGAAUGGAUUGGACAAGUUUGUCCACAAGAAAAAGUUUGAAAGAAUCACCAAGUGGUUCUCAGUCAAUGAGAAACGCAUGAAGUGGUUUAGUGGUGAGGCAUGGAAGAUGCCAGAGAUUGCCACAAUGCUGAAGCGGGUUUCUGGGUGGACUGAAGAUCGUGUGGUUUAUCUUGAAGGUCCUAAGAAAAAGAAGUUCAAUAUCCUGCCUCUCUAUGUACCUUCAGUGCCUCAUAGUAAUGAAAACAUCACCUUCUACCUGGGGUUCACCUUUAGAGGCCCUGUUGCCUGCAACAUCCUUGUGAAAAAGUAGUUGGUUGUCAACUUGCUGAAGCGUGGGCCUAGAAUCCAACUUACUCCAAAGGGAAAGAAAAGAUUGUGGAUGAUGACUGAAAAACCCACAAGCUUUGGACUGUUAGUCAGUUGGUCAAAAAACAAAACUUAAAACAUGAUUAUAUUCGUGAAGGUAUUUAAGGUUCUUAAAAAUACAACUGAACUUGCUUUGUUAUAAUAUUGGCCUCACCUAGAAAGCACUUUGGGGUCAUUUCAGCUUAAAAUUGUUCUUUUUAAGUGUACUA